GAUACUUUAUCAGCUCCUCCAUCACCCAGGAAAUUUAAGGAACAUUUGACUGUCCAAAAUGGCAGGAAAUGGCAGAGGAAUAGCAGCAUUCACUUUCAGCAUUGAGGCCCUGGGUCUCACCAGAGGGUCCAUGCCAGAAACCCAAAGAGGGCCAACUCCACUCUUCCCACAAAUUGAAUAUAAACCAGGGCCUUUGAAAGCUGGAGAGGAUGAAGACUAUAUGAGAGCUUUGAAACAAGAGAUGAGAGGACAAAUGAAAGACCUCCCAUUUAACAUAAAACCCCAUGCAGGAAAGGGAGAUGUGGAGAGGCACAAGGAGAAAUACACUUGAGAAAUUAAAAGAAUUGAAGAUGACAACUGGACACCGGG